AACUGCACGUCCAUCCAUGACGAAAAGAGGGAACAUGGAACAUCAUCAUAAAAGCAAAUACAAUCAAUUGUGGUUGGUGGCGCUGCUGUGGUGUUUUAUAAAGCUAAUCAAUCAUGAGCCCAAAAAACGAGUGAAUUUAAAACACCUCUCCAACGAAGAACGACUAGAUUUUAUAAAUUCAUUUGAUCAAGUGUUUUGUGAUGUCGAUGGAGUUAUUUGGCAAACAACUCAGGCACCAAUUCCCGAUGCUGGAAAAGCGAUAGAAUAUUUGCGUAGUAUUGGUAAAGAUGUAAUUUUUGUUACCAAUAAUAGCAUUCGUGUUAUUGAAGAUCAACUUUUGAAACUCGAACAAAACCAUGUAAUUGCCACAAAAGAACAAGUAAUUCAUCCUGCUCAAUCUAUUGCGGAUUACCUCAAAGAAAUUGAAUUCGAAGGAUUAAUUUAUUGCAUUGCUUCAGGACCAUUCAAAAAGACUUUGAGAUCGGCAGGUUUUGAAGUUACAGAUGGCCCAAAUAGAAUGUUAGAAGAAACAAUUCAAGAUUUAGCAGUAAAUAUAUUUUGUAAUGAUCCGGUUAAAGCUGUUGUUAUCGACGUGGAUUUCAAUUUGUGCGUAGCUAAACUCAUGCGGGCGCAUAGAUAUCUUAAAAAUCCAAAUUGUUUAUUCCUUGGCGGAGCAGCUGAUUUAAUAAUUCCCUUAGGAACAAAAGACAUCAUAGGGCCAGGUCCAUUCAUAAACGUCGUUGAACAAACAACAAAAAGAAAAGCUAUAGUUCUUGGUAAACCUGGAGUAGCUUUAAGUGAUUUCCUGAAAAAACGCUACACUAUCACAGAACCAAAAAAGGUGCUCUUCAUUGGAGAUACAUUGGGUAGUGAUGUUAAAUUUGGCAACAUAUCAGGAUUUCAGACGUUAGUUGUACUCAGUGGUGGAACCACACGUGAUGAUUUAUUUAAUGAACUUCCUGAAGAUGAAACUCCUGAUUUUUACGUCGAUAGUUUAGCUGAUUUGAACAAUUUUAUCAUUCGAACCAUGAAUAUCGCUGUCUUCCUGUUUGUUAUUUUAAUAAAUGUGCUCGUCCAACUUAGUUUGGGGAUUCAUUCGACCACACAUCGAUUGCCGAAACCUCGUCAUAUUUUGGACCUGAGCCCUGAGGAAAAAAUCGAAUUUAUUCAGUCAAUUGAUUUGGUGCUUUCGGACAUUGAUGGUGUUGUUUGGAAUGUUGUAACUGGUGUUGACGGAGCUGCCGAAGGAUUCAAGUCAUUAAUCAAAUCUGGUAAAAAAGUAUUUUUCGUAACAAAUAACAGUGCUCGAAGUGAUGAAGCUUGUGAAAAGAGCUUCAAAGAUGUCGGACUCGAAGUUAAUAAUUCAGAUAUCAUCAGUCCGGCGAAAAACGUUGUCAAAUAUUUGUUAAGUAUAAAUUUUGACGGCCUGAUUUAUUGCAUUGGAACUGAUGUGUUCAAAGGAACUCUUCGAAAAGCUGGUUUUAGAGUUAUCGAUGGACCAACAAAAAUUUUUGAAGAAAGCUUCUCCGCAUUAGCUCGACACAUUUUUGACAAAGAACCAGUUCGUGCUGUAGUCGUUGAUGUUGACUUUAAUCUUUCAGGUGCUAAGAUGAUUCGUGCUCAUCAAUACCUAAGGCAUCCAGAUUGUUUACUAAUUGGUGGAGCAACUGAUUUAUUUUUGCCAGUAACAAAAGAUAUACAAAUUCUUGGUCCCGGUCCAUAUGUCAAGGUUUUAUCAGAAGCUAGUGGGAAAACACCCAUUAUUAUGGCGAAACCUGGCAAACAGCUAGCAGACAUGUUAAUUGAUCGGUUAGAUAUUCAAGACAAGAGUCGGGCUAUAAUGAUUGGUGAUAUGUUGGAACAAGAUAUUGGAUUUGGCAAGGUAGCUGGACUGCAGACAUUACUUGUACUAUCUGGAGGAUGUACAAAGGAGCAAAUGUUAGAAAAUACAAAUCCUGAUAUUCAUCCUGAUUACUAUGCCGAUAGUAUGUAUGAUUUUGUUAAGUUUUUCGAAAGUUCGAAAUUGUAAAAAGUGUUAUUGCAUUUAUUCUAAGCUUUUAAGUAAGA